AUUAAAUUCUGUUCCUGAUUCUUGCAUAGGUCUUCAGGUGCAUAUGUGCAAGAGUUUAUUCCUAGGAGAGAAGAUAUAGAAUCAUAGGACUUGUGCAUCUUCAAGUUUAUUAGAAAAUCCAAGUGAUUUUCCAAAGUGGUUGCACCCAUUUAAAUUUCCUCCAGCGGUGUGUAAAUGUUAAAAUCAUCACCAAUACUUGCUACUUUUUCAGAAUUUUUAAUUUUUGCUUUUCUGGUGAAAAGCAUGAAAUACUAUUAUAAUUGUAGUCUUAAUUUGCAUUUUUCUUACUACUGCUAAGUUGAUAUUUGCAAGUUUAUUGGUAUAUUUUCUCUUUUGUAUAGUCUGUUUGAGCUUUGACAAUUUUUUUUUUAAUUUGUAGACUCUCUUUAUACAUUCUGAAUGUUAAACUUUAGUCAGUUGUGUAUGUUGCAAACAAAAAAAUUCUGUUCCUCAAUCUCUAAAUUGCUGGUAGACAAACUGAUGUGAUAAUCCCUUCCUAUCUGAGGGCUAGUUUGAUCUGUGCCAAGUGGUCUUUUAUGGGCUCUUUGGGGGCCCAAAGCUAAGUCCUUUCUUUGCCCUGUGAGGCAGGAGUAUCUCAUUCACAUCUCUGGGAUGAUUCUGGAGCAGCCAUGGAGCUAUGGUCGGCCACAGUGGCUGUUUCACCCUCCUUCUCUACCUUUUUCAAAUGCUCACAUCUUCUGAGCAACAGCCCCAGUAGGACAAAUGCAAAAGGCCCCUACAGCUAUGUGGGAUUUAGGGUUUUCAGGCACAGCAGAUUCUGUGCACCUUGUGACUUUCCUUCCCCUCCUAUUUCUCCGUCUCUGGUUCUCCGCCACCAGGCCAACAGAACUGAGAGUCGUGCUGGGAACGAAUAGCUUAAGCAGCCCAUCCCUGGAAAUAAAGGGGGUCACAAGCAUAAUUCUGCACAAGGACUUUCAAAAUCUCAACAUGGACAAUGAUAUCUCCCUGCUGCUGUUGGACACGCCCAUCACAUUCAGUGAACUGAAAGAACCCAUCUGCAUGCCCACAGAGCCCGGCCUCUCCAGGUGGCACAAAUGCUGGGUGGCAGGAUGGGGGCAGACCCAAACUGGUCUCAGACAGCCUAUGGAAACAGAGCUGUUGAAAGUGCCCAUGACCAUCGUGGAUCGGGAGAAGUGUCUAAAGGAAUUUCCAAGACUUACCAAAAAUAUGCUGUGUGCUGGAUACGAGAAUGAGACCUACGAUGCUUGCCAGGGUGACAGCGGGGGUCCUCUCGUCUGUACCACAGAAGCUGGCAAGAAGUGGUACCAGGUGGGCAUCAUCAGCUGGGGAAAGAGUUGUGGACAGAAGAACAUUCCAGGGAUAUACACCUUGUUAGAAAACUACCACUCCUGGAUCAAGAAGAUGUCACCCCCUCUUCCCGGCUGCCCGGGUGUCGGUGUCGCCGGCCUGGGCGCUCUGCCACGACCGCUGUGGGCGCAGAUGGAGCCCAUGAAGUGGACUGCUGGCCGCCACUCGAGGUCACCUGGUUUCCUAAGAAGCAGAUUCUCGGCAAUUUCUCACAGGAGGAGCAUUUGCAACUCAAAGCUCUGCUGGCAUCCUUUCCCCAUCCCUCCCCGCCCGAACACAGCUCGCUCGUUUGGAAAGUAACUGUGAAACCUUUUACCCCUCCUGUUGAAAAGCACCUUCUCACCCAUCCCUUUUGCCUGUAGAGGUAGCAGGGCAGAGAGGACCACUCCCACUGCUCAUAUGAGGAAGCCGAGGCUCAGAGAAGGGAAGGCGUUCACUCGGACUGAACAGUGCUAAGAAUGUGGAUGGGAGCAGGGGGGUGAUGCCGAAAGCUCAGCUUCUCUGUGUGCCAGUGCUGAAUCAAAUCUCGGAGACAGAGUUUUGGGUGAAGUAGAAAAGAAUAGCUUUAUUACUUUGCCAGGCAAAAGGGGACACAGUGGGCUCCUGCAUCGAAAAACUAUGUGUCCCCACCCAGGAGGAUGUGAUGAGAAGUUUUAUAACAGUACUUCAAGGGCGGGGUUGCUGACAAGAUGAGGGUGUGUGCAGGGUCUCAGCUGGUCCGUCUCCUAAUCUUGACAGGCUUCUCUGGUCCCUUUAAUCUCGCCUCAGGUGGUUCCUUGAUUAGCAACUGUUCGAAUCUGCCCUUUGGAACUCAGGGAAGGUCAUGGAGGCUGGAGUCUUGCUUACAAGAAACGGGGGACAAAAAGAGGCCUCCGUGCCCAGGCCCCACUCGGUUUCAGGGGUAGACACGUUGGAGCCCCCAGGGCACCCCAGGAGCCCAAGUGGCCUGGCCUCUAAUUCCACUGCUCCCUUGCUGCUGAAGUCUGGAAUGUCUCAGAUUCCCUGGCCUCCAGGCUCCCCGAGGAGCAGGCAGAAUACACACCAUGCAACCCUCCUUGUUAAUAAAGGCUGCCAUGUGCAUAAUGCUUCCUACACGUCAACCGCCCUUGUAAAUACUCUUAUAUGUAUUAAGAUCUUGUUGCUGAAAUCUCGGCUUCUGUACACCCAUGCCAAAUAGAAAUACGGAGACAGAAUUCAGGAGGAAAGCGAAAGAAUAGCUUUAUUUCUUUGCCAGGCAAAGAGGGAACACAGCAGGCUAGCACCUCCAAAAACUGCGCCCCCCUUGGAGAAGCUUUAUAGUAAUGGUUCAAAGAAGGUGUGAUCAGCUUAUGGACAUUUUUCUGAUUGGUUGGUGGUGAGGUAAUUGGGAGUUGGCAUCAUCAACCUUCUGCUUCCAACUGGUCUGGGUUCUACAUGCUUGUGGGAAGCACACCAUCUUUAACUGUUAACUUUUCCUACCUGGAGGGGGUAUCUGCAAAACAGCUCAAAGAUACUGUGUCCCUUGAUGGGGAACCAGGACCC